AUGUCAACAAACAUUGGUGAAGAACAUGUUACUACUACUACUACUACACCAGAAGAAUUUUCAUCUGUUCCAAAGCUAGAAAAUUUGAAAAAAGUUUCAAUCAUACCUCUAAUUUUCUUAAUCUUUUAUGAGGUAUCAGGAGGACCAUUUGGUGUAGAAGACACAGUAAGAGCAGCAGGUCCAUUGUUGUCUCUUGUUGGUUUCUUAGUAUUUCCACUCAUUUGGAGUGUUCCUGAAGCAUUAAUAACUGCAGAAAUGGGUACAAUGUUUCCUGAAAAUGGUGGCUAUGUUGUUUGGGUUUCAUCUGCAUUAGGCCCAUUUUGGGGUUUCCAACUUGGUUGGAUGAAAUGGCUUAGUGGUGUAAUUGACAAUGCUUUAUACCCAGUUUUGUUUCUAGAUUAUCUUAAAUCAGCUAUUCCUGUUAUAGGUAAUGGUUUUCCAAGGAUUAUUGCUGUUUUAGUUUUAACUUUGGCUCUUACUUAUAUGAAUUAUAGAGGUUUAACAAUUGUGGGUUGGGCUGCAAUUUUAUUGGGAAUUUUUUCAUUACUUCCUUUUGUUGUUAUGGGAUUAAUUUCAAUUCCUAGAAUAAAACCAAAAAGAUGGGUGAUAAUGGAUUUGAAGAGUGUUAAUUGGGGUUUAUAUUUGAACACAUUGUUUUGGAAUUUGAAUUAUUGGGAUUCUGUUAGUACUCUUGCAGGAGAGGUUAAUAAUCCUGGUAAAACACUUCCAAAAGCACUUUUUUAUGCUGUUAUUUUGGUUGUUUUGGGGUAUUUUUUACCUCUUUUAGUUGGAACUGGUGCUAUUGAAGUUAAUAGAGAAUUAUGGAGUGAUGGUUACUUUUCAGAAGUUGGUAGAGUUAUAGGAGGUGUUUGGUUAAGAACAUGGGUUCAAGUUUCAUCUGCAUUAUCAAAUAUGGGAAUGUUUGUAGCUGAAAUGAGUAGUGAUUCAUUUCAGCUUUUGGGAAUGGCUGAAAGAGGUAUGCUUCCUGCAUUCUUUGCUAAAAGGUCACGUUACGGAACACCUCUUAUCGGUAUUUUGUUCUCAGCUUCUGGUGUGAUUUUGCUUUCAUGGUUGAGUUUUCAAGAAAUUGUUGCUGCUGAAAAUUUCUUAUACUGUUUUGGUAUGCUUAUGGAGUUUGUUGCAUUUGUUAAAUUGAGGAUGAAAUUUCCAAAUGUUUCUAGGCCUUAUAAAAUACCUGUUGGAAAAAUUGGAGCAGUGUUGAUGUGUUUGGUUCCAACAUUACUAAUAUUUGUGGUUUUAGCUCUUGCUACUUUGAAGGUAUUUGUCAUAAGUAUCUCAGCUGUUAUAAUGGGACUUCUAUUGCAACCUUGUUUGAAAUAUAUGGAGAAAAAAAGAUGGUUAAGGUUUUCUGUUAAUCCUGAUCUUCCAGAUAUUUAUGCUUCUUAG